ACCUCUGCCUCUACCCUCUACCACCCUCACCACACUGCUCCAGUCUAUGGCUGGCUUCCUUCCUACCUCCCAGCCCGUUCUGCGCUUCCUGUGAAGCAGCAAACAUGGCGACCACGCAACCUACGAAUGCGGUCCUGGACCGCAUCUUUGCUCAGCUGCGGUCGAAAAACGACGAAGCCCGCAUCAAGGCAGCCCACACGCUACGUCAAACUCUCGAAGCAGCUCAUCGGGAAUACCCUCCUGGCCAGUUUGUAGCAUACUACAAUGAAGUCAACCAGCGCAUCUCCGCCCUUGUCGUCCAAGGCGAGACCACGAACGACCGCAUCGGCGGAAUCCACGCCCUCAGCGCCCUCAUCGAUUUCAAAGGCGACGAUGCAGGCCAGAAGACCACACGCUUCGCGAGCUACCUCCGCUCCGUCCUUCGGGGCCUGGACACUACGGCCAUGGUGCCAGCUGCGCGAGCUCUUGGACGACUGGCAAAGCCCGGCGGGACGCUCACCGCGGAACUGGUUGAAGCAGAGGUCAAUGGUGCUCUGGAAUGGCUACAGAUGGAGCGACAAGAGAACCGUCGAUUUGCCGCAGUGCUGAUUCUCCGAGAACUGGCCAAGAACUCUCCGACCCUCAUGUACAAAUGGGUCCCCCAAAUAUUCGAUGUCAUCUGGGCAGCCCUGCGCGACCCCAAGGUGCUCAUCCGGGAGUCAGCCGCCGAGGCUAUCAGCGCGUGUUUCGAGAUCAUAUCGCCACGAGACUCAAGUAUGCGACAAGACUUCUUCGGACGAGUCUAUAAGGAAAUCCUGGUUGGCUUCUCAAUGAAUACCAACGACUCAAUCCACGGCUCGCUCCUGACGAUGAAGGAGUUGCUCGAAAAGGGAGCUAUGUUCAUGACUGGCCCGCGAUACAAAGACGCUUGCGAUAUGGUGUUAAGAUAUAAGGACCAUCGGGAACCUCUUAUUCGGAGGGAGGUUGUCACUAUAAUACCGAUCCUAGCCAGCUACGCACCCCAGGAAUUUGCCUCGCAAUACCUGCAUCAAUGUAUGCUUCAUCUACAAGGCCUGAUCAAAAAGGACAGAGAUCGGAGCAUUGCCUUCAUUGCUGUCGGACAGAUUGCUAGUGCCAUGGGUAGCUCGAUUGCGCCAUACCUAGAUGGUAUUCUCAUGUACAUCCGCGAAGGAUUGGUCGCGAAGUCUCGAAGCAAAAACAUCAACGAGGCCCCCAUCUUUGAGUGUCUUAGCAUGAUCUCGGCCGCUGUUGGUCAAGCAUUAAGCAAGAAUGUCGAACCUCUCCUUGACCCAAUCUUCUCAUGCGGCUUAAGCGACUCUCUUACACAAGCUCUUGUCGACAUGGCGCACUACGUUCCUCCUUGUCGGCCCAUCAUUCAAGAACGAUUGCUAGACCUAAUCAGCCAGGUUCUCUGCGGACGCGGUUUCUUACCUCUCGGAAAUCCAUUCCAUGCGUCAUCACCUCCACAGAUCUGGACUCGAGAUCACAAGGACCCGCAGAUUGUUGUACAGAAGGAGGCUGAGAUUGCCCUCGCCUUGCAUACUCUCGGAAGCUUUGAUUUUGCCGGCCAUGUUCUCAAUGAAUUCGUCCGAGACGUUGCAAUCCGCUAUGUUGAGGCCGACAACCCCGAAAUUCGCAAACGCGCAGCUUUGACUUGCUGUCAACUGUUCGUCAACGAUCCUAUCGUGCACCAAACAAGUCAUCAUGCCAUCAAGGUCGUGGGCGAUAUCAUCGAAAAGCUCUUGACCGUCGGUGUCGCUGACGUGGACCCUGAUAUUCGAUGGGAGGUAUUGAUGGCACUGGAUAGUCGCUUCGAUCGCCACCUUGGGAAGGCCGAAAACGUCCGCACUCUGUUCCUCGCUAUCCACGACGAAGUCUUCGCAAUUCGAGAAGCCGCGAUGACCAUCAUUGGACGACUCACAUCAGUGAAUCCUGCAUACGUUUUCCCGUCGCUACGAAAAGUACUUCUACAACUACUGACAGAAAUUCGAUACGCAAAUAGUGCUCGCAACAAGGAGGAGAGCGCUCGAUUGAUCAGCCAUCUCGUUGAAGCAUCGAACGACCUUAUUAGGCCAUACGUUGAUCCAAUGGUCACAACCCUGAUGCCUAAAGCCCAAGACUCGAAUCCAGAGGUUGCGUCAACAUGUUUGAGGGCCAUCGGUGAUAUCGCGACCGUUGGUGGAGAAGACAUGCGGCAAUACAUCCCGUCUUUGAUGCGGAUAAUAUUGGAUAACCUGCAAGACCUUGGCUCUGACUCCAGGCGGUUUGCUGCGCUGAGAGCUCUUGGGCAACUGGCGACUAACGCCGGAUACGUGAUUGAGCCCUAUUACGACUACCCCGAGCUACUCAACAUAUUGGUCAACAUUGUGCGGACGGAGCCAGAGGGAGAAUUGAGGCGUGAAACUGUCAAGUUGAUGGGCACACUCGGUGCACUCGAUCCCGACGAGCAUCAGAAAAUCAUGGAGCAGUCCCCGGAGAACGCUCUUGUGGCAGAAUCCCAAGCCAUCACCGAUGUUUCGCUCAUCAUGACCGGAACGACACCCUCUAACGAGGAAUAUUAUCCUACUAUCGUGAUCAGUACGUUGAUCGGACUAUUGAAAGACACUUCAUUGUCUCAGUAUCACUCCGCAGUGGUCGAUGCGGUCAUGAACAUCUACGCUACGAUGGGCCUCAAAUGUGUGCCGUUCCUCAGCCAGGUUGUGCCCGGAUUUCUGAUGGUGAUUCGAGGAGCACCACCAGGCCGUGUAGAGGGUUACUUCAAUCAACUGAGUCAGUUAGUUCGAAUUGUCCGACAGCAUAUCCGACCAUACCUUCCCGCCAUCCUGAAGACCGUCCAAGACUUUUGGACUGCCUCGCCUAUGCUUCAGGCCACCAUCCUUUCCCUCAUUGAGGCUAUAGCCCGUUCUCUCGAGGGCGAGUUCAAGAUAUAUCUUGCAGACGUUCUUCCUCUCAUGCUGGGCGUUCUGGACCAGGACAACUCGAACAAGCGUCUGCCGUCGGAAAAGGUUCUGCACGCUUUUUUGAUAUUCGGGUACAGCGCGGAAGAAUACAUGCACCUUAUCAUACCAGUCAUCAUCAAGAUGUUCGACAAACCCGGCCAGCCACAAGAACUGCGACGACAGGCCAUCGAAACUUUGGGUCGGUUGUCUAGACAAGUGAACAUCUCCGAGUUCGGAUCCAUCAUUAUUCUACCCAUCUCCAGAGUUCUGGCAGGGAACGAUACGUCACUCAAACAGACGGCGCUAGAGACUCUGUGUGCACUUAUCUUCCAGCUGGGUCCGGAUUACGCUCAUUUUGUGCCAACAAUCAACAAGAUUCUAGUCACUCACAAGAUUCCUCACUCCAAUUACGCUCUUAUCGUUUCCAAGCUCCAGAAAGGAGAGCCCUUGCCGCAAGAUCUCAGUCCAGCUGAGCGUUACGGAGAUGACGAUGAAGACCUGAUGGCCGCCGAAAUUCAGACAAAGAAAUUGGCCGUCAACCAACAACAUCUCAAGACUGCCUGGGAGGCUUCUGCGAAGAGUACCCGAGAAGAUUGGGUAGAAUGGAUGAGGCGAUUUAGUGUUGAGUUGCUUCGCGAAUCGCCUCAGCAGGCACUUCGAGCGUGCACGCCUCUAGCGAGUAUUUACAACCCUAUUGCCAAGAGUUUGUUCAACUCUGCAUUCGUGUCCUGUUGGACCGAACUCUACGACCAAUAUCAAGAGGAACUAGUGCGAUCUAUUGAGACUGCACUGACUUCAGACGCCAUCCCACCAGAGAUCCUCCAGAUUCUCCUCAACCUCGCAGAAUUCAUGGAGCACGAUGACAAAGCUCUGCCUAUCGAUGUCCGAAUCCUUGGUAUGUAUGCUGCUAAGUGCCACGCUUUCGCAAAAGCUUUGCACUACAAGGAACUUGAAUUCAACGCCGAACAAAACUCCAGUGCGGUAGAGGCAUUGAUAAGCAUAAAUAAUCAGUUGCAGCAAACUGAUGCUGCAUUCGGAAUCCUUCGGAAGGCGCAGAACUAUAACGAUGUCGAGCUUAAGGAGACCUGGUUCGAGAAGCUUCAGAAGUGGGACGAAGCCUUGCAUUCGUAUGAACGCCGAGAGGCGGUUGACGGAGAGUCGUUUGAGAUCACCAUGGGCAAAAUGCGAUGCUUACAUGCACUCGGAGAAUGGGAUCUACUAUCCGAGCUUUCCAACAAGAAAUGGGAGGCGGCCACGCCGGACGUCAAGAAGACCAUCGCUCCGUUGGCGGCGACUGCAGCAUGGGGCCAGGGCAAGUUCUCUGACAUGGACAAAUAUCUUGGCGUAAUGAAGGAACACUCACCAGACCGAGCCUUUUUUGCUUCAAUUCUCAAUAUUCACAAUAACCGGUUCGACGCUGCCCAAGAAGAGAUCUCGAAAGCCAGAAAGGGAUUGGACACCGAGCUCAGCUCUCUCUUGGGAGAAUCUUAUAUGAGGGCGUAUCUACCAAUGAUUCGGGUUCAAAUGCUUGCUGAGCUCGAGGAAAUCAUCACAUACAAGCAGAAUGAUACGAAUCUGGAGAAGCGGGCCAGCAUGCGCAACACCUGGAUGAAACGUCUAAAGGGUCUCCAGCCAAAUCCAGAGGUUUGGCAACGCAUGAUGAAAGUUCGACAGCUUGUCAUUCAGCCAAAGGAGAGCACGGAGAUGUGGAUCAAGUAUACCAAUCUCUGUCGCAAGAACGAACGUCAGGGUCUUGCAGAGAAAGCGCUCCAGAAGCUCCUCGACUGCGAAGGCUACGACGUUUUCACAUAUGCGCAUGAACAUGCGAACGAGAUCCCGUAUCAUGUAUCAUACGCAGUCUUCAAGUUCAUGUGGUCGACUCCAGACCAUCAGCAAGAAGCCCUCGACGUUCUGAAGGAGUUCACUUCAAGAGUUGGGGACGAGCUACAAGUGCGUGCUCAGCGGGUGGCGGUCAACCCGAUGGUGUCGCCCAAUGGGAUCAAUGGAAUGCCCAAUGGCCAUCUUGCUAAUGGGCUAAAUCCCUUUGCGGCCACUAAUGGCAUUAACGGAGCUCAUGGUAUGAACGGAUCAAGUAUGCUAGCCGGAUCCGGUGGCUCGAUAUUUCCCGCGGAAUUGGCUGAAUGCCACAAACUUCUCGCCAAGUGCUACUUGAAGCAGGGAGAAUGGCAGACGCACAUGCAUGGCGGCGAAUGGGAUCAUGAACACGUCCACGAUAUUCUGUCGGCUUAUUCUGCCGCAACCCGGUACAACCACGAUUGGUAUAAGGCAUGGCACGCUUGGGCGCUUGGCAACUUUGAGGUCGUCAACUCAAUCUCUUCGCAAUCAAGUCGCGAGAAUACGGCAGUUCCACCCAACUUGAUCCACGAUCAUGUUGUUCCCGCAAUCCAAGGGUUCUUCAGGUCGAUUGCUCUGUCUACCACCAGCUCACUCCAAGACACCUUGCGUCUACUCACUCUUUGGUUCGACUAUGGCAGCAACGAGCAAGUCAGCCAUGCUAUCUCUGAGGGCAUCAAGACCGUAUCUAUCGACACCUGGUUGGAAGUUAUUCCCCAGCUUUUGGCCCGCAUCAACCAGCCACACGCUACCAUCAGAAACUCGAUUCAUUCGUUACUGAUCGAAGUUGGCAAAGCCCACCCUCAAGCACUGGUGUUCCCUCUCACCGUGUCUAUGAAAUCAGAUGUGUCAGGUCGUUCAAGGUCUGCUGCACAACUUAUGAACGCCAUGCGCCAGCACUCGCCGAUAUUGGUUGAGCAAGCCGAUUUGGUCAGUCAUGAGCUCAUUCGAAUUGCGGUCCUGUGGCACGAACAAUGGCACGAAGGCCUCGAGGAAGCGUCUAGGCUUUACUUCGGUGAUCACAACAUCGAGGGCAUGUUUAAUACCCUUCAACCAUUACAUGCGAUGCUCGACAAGGGGGCUGAGACCUUGCGAGAGAUUUCGUUCAUUCAGUCAUUCGGCCGAGAGCUUCAAGAGGCUAGGGAUUGGUGCAACACUUUCCGGACAUCUGGUGAGGUUGGCGAUCUCAAUCAAGCUUGGGAUCUGUAUUACCAAGUGUUCCGAAAGAUCGCCCGUCAACUCCCAUCGCUAAUGACUUUGGAGCUCCAAUAUGUCUCACCAGCGCUCAAAGACGCCCGAGACUUGGAUCUGGCAGUUCCUGGAACCUAUCAAGUCGGCAAGCCAGUCAUCCGAAUCAUUUCCUUCGAUCCAGUUUCGACGGUCAUCCAGUCCAAGCAGCGGCCUAGGAAACUGGAGAUGAAGGGUAGUGAUGGCAAGACACAUAUGCACAUUCUCAAGGGUCAUGAAGAUAUCCGGCAAGAUGAGCGAGUCAUGCAACUGUUCGGAUUGGUCAAUACUCUCCUCACUCAUGAUGCCGAAAGUCGGAAGAGACAUCUCAACAUCCAGCGAUACUCAGCCAUUCCGUUGUCCACGCAGUCAGGUCUUCUGGGAUUCGUUCCCAACAGCGACACUUUACACGUUCUCAUUCGAGAGUACCGUGAGAGCCGGAAGAUCCUUCUCAACAUUGAGCACCGGAUCAUGCUUCAGAUGGCGCCUGACUACGACUGCCUCACGCUUAUGCAGAAAGUUGAAGUCUUCGGAUACGCACUGGACAACACCACUGGCCAGGACCUUUACCGCGUGCUUUGGUUGAAGAGCAAGAGCUCGGAAUCUUGGCUCGACCGACGAACGAACUACACCCGGUCUCUAGCAGUUAUGUCGAUGGUCGGCUACAUUCUGGGCCUUGGUGACAGGCAUCCCUCCAAUCUUAUGCUCGACAAGAUUACUGGAAAGAUCAUCCAUAUCGAUUUUGGUGACUGCUUCGAAGUUGCCAUGCACCGCGAGAAAUAUCCCGAACGCGUUCCAUUUCGGUUGACUCGCAUGCUGACCUACGCCAUGGAGGUUAGCAAUAUCGAAGGAAGCUACAGGACGACUUGCGAGCAUGUAAUGCGUGUAUUGCGGAGCAACAAAGAGUCGGUUAUGGCCGUCUUAGAAGCGUUCAUCCAUGACCCCCUUCUCACCUGGCGCCUCGGCAACCGAGAAUCGCCUCCCGAGCCCUCGUUCCCAUCAGCCCGCCGCCAGUCGAUCAUUGGCGAAGCAGAGCGUGAUAUGAACCCGCGCGAACGCGACUUGAACUCGCGCGACAUCAACUCAUCCCUCGCACGACCACGACAUCGGUCUAGCGUCGCACCUGCUAACGAUGCGGAGGCCAAGGAAGUGCAGAACGCGCGUGCCCUCCAGGUGCUCAGCAGAGUCAAAGAGAAGUUGACCGGCAAGGACUUCAAGCCCAGUGAGGAACUGAACGUCAAUAUGCAAGUCGAUCGACUGAUCCGGGAGGCGACGAACCUUGAGAAUCUCUGCCAGCAUUACAUUGGAUGGUGCAGCUUCUGGUGAGGAAGAGUCGUCUGAGAUGAAGUCUUGACCAUUUGGAGUGGGUGCUAGACUUGAGCAUGAGCGCGAGCGUGUGAUUUUGGUCUUUUUGCUUUUACAACUAUCAACUUUUCUGCGAGUUCGGAUGGCAUCUGCCUUGGCGACGCUGGCUAGCGUAUAUUCAUGGACCUUAUUUAGGACUCUUUGGCGUAAUGGUAAUGGAUGGGAUGGGAACCUAUGGGUGGACACACGGAGUCAAGAAACACGGUUUAGCUGCUGCAUAGCGACAUGGCGACGGCGCUGGGCUGGACGCUUUUUUUCCGACUGACUUUUGGGUUCGUCUGGUUUACUAGUUUUUCGGCUUUAUAGAUGAAGCUAUAAUGGAUCCUAUAUAUCGAUGACUAAGGAC